AUUUCCUUCCUGCUCUUCACAGUAUUUCUCUGUGUGGGAGGUGUAAAAAACAUACAAACAGCAUCAUAUGUGUGUAAGAAAAGAUGCUUGUGCUAAAAACAAUUUUAGUAAGACUCAAUUUGAACGUGUGAUCAACUAACUGUGAACUUCAUUUGCUGUUUUGGGAAGUUAAAGGGUCAAAUGUCACUAAAAUACACUGGACUGACUGUGUUAUUGUAGCUCAAUUGCUAAAGCAUUGUGAUAUUUCUUUUCAAAAGACCCAGUCGACACAGACAAAGUUGUGGAGAUACUGAACAAAACUCCUUGAAAGAUUUGUAUGACCUUUGGCUCAGAGACGUUAUAAGGAUGCUGAGAGGUCAAUGGUACACAGAAGAAACUUUUCCAUUUUUUUAUUUUUGCACUUAUUGGUCACAUGUUUUUAUUUUUCACACAUUUGACUCCGUUUACACAACAUUUCCCUUUCAGCUGUUUCAUUUUUAAUAGAGCAGAGCAGCAACAUACACAGACCAACACAACCAGAACAUUCAUCACGGCACAAUUUACUAGUGAUUGACUAUUAAAGACUAGGAAUGUCUGAGGAUAUUUAUUGCAAAGUGGUCAAGAACAAGAUUCAGGGAAUGGAGAUAGAGACAGAGGAGAUGAUGGUGGAGAUCUAUGAAAGUGUAGACGACUUCAGGACACAGACAGACUCAAAUACAAACAAUCAACAACCACAGACUACAGGUAAUGCCAUUCAUCUUUUUGCUAAAACACGAAUGAUAUACAGUACAUAGCUUAACCUCAUAUCUGUCAUCUUCAGGAAGUGAGCGUGUGAGGAUGAGAAGUUACAGAUCAGUUUCAGUGUGUUUGGUGCUGCUGUGUGUUCUUCUACUGACUGCAGUCAUAGUGCUGUGUGUCCUCAUCAAUACAAACAAUCAACAGUUUAACAUCAAGACCAAAAACAUCACAGAAGAGAGAGACCAGCUACUAACUAAAUAUACCAACAUCACAGAAGAGAGAGACAAGGUACUGACCAAAUAUACCAACAUUACAGAAGAGAGAGACCAACUACUAACCAAAUAUAACGACAUUACAGAAGAGAGAGACCAACUACUAACCAAAUAUACCAACAUUACAAAAGAGAGAGACCAACUACUAACCAAAUAUACCAACAUCACAGAAGAGAGAGACCAACUACUAACCAAAUAUACCAACAUCACAGAAGAGAGAGACCAGCUACUAACCAAAUACACCAACAUCACAGAAGAGAGAGACCAGCUACUAACCAAAUAUACCAACAUCACAGAAGAGAGAGACCAGCUACUAACCAAAUAUACCAACAUCACAGAAAAGAAAGAUGAAUUAAUAGUUCAUUGUGGUCAGAAAAAAGAUUUAGCAUUUAAAGGGGUUGUGUUAACAGAUGGAUGGAUUUACUAUCAGUCCAGUUUGUACUUCAUUUCAUCUGAGAAGAAGAGCUGGAAUGAGAGCAGAAGAUACUGUAGAGAGAGAGGAGCAGAUCUGAUCAUCAUUAACAACAAAGAGGAACAAGAUUUUAUUAUGAAGUUUGGUAAGAUCAAAGUUUGGAUUGGUUUGACUGACAUUGAUGAAGAGGGCAGAUGGAAAUGGGUUGAUAACAGCACACUGAGCUAUAGAUUCUGGGUGUCUGGAGAACCAAGUGGUGGUACAAAAGAGAACUGUGUUGAGUCUUAUUCAUUAGGAUGGAAUGAUAAUUCAUGUAAUAGGGCUCAAAAAUGGAUUUGUGAGAAAAAAACUUAAGUUAAAAUAAGCUAAAAGAGAUGUCAACUAUAUAUUUAUCAGCAAAACCAACCCAAUCUCACGGAAAGUCGUGUUAUAGUCAAAAAAAUGUUUGAUCAAUUUAUUUAUUGUUCAGGACACACAUUUCCAC